AUGCUCAACAUCCUGAGUGAAUAUAUGGAGUACCGUGGGUACAAAUACCAACGACUCGAUGGAACCAUUCCAUCGGCUGCCCGUCGCGACGAAGAGGAGCCAGUUCAUAUAGUGAAACUGACCUUACCGAGACCGAACUAUCACGUCCUCCGCCUCGACAUGCAUCACAUGGAGACUCUCUCCCCACCGCAGAACCUCCUGUUGCGUCCGGUGCUCUUCAUAGCGCUGUCUCAGAUAUGCCACCCAUCCCCCUUUGAGAUCCAGCAUCUUGCUCCUGAGCACCGUUGA